GUUCGAGACCACCGUAAGCCUAUGCGGCAGAUUACCAAGAAGGCCGUGGAACCUCACAUCGAUCAGUCCGUCCCGUGAUUGUGACCAUAAAUACCCAUGCCCUGUCGUCAUGUCCUCUCCAUGUAAUUUCCCACCCAAAUAUCCCACUCUCAAUGACAAGGACGGACUCGAUGGAUUCGAAGAACUCGACAAUGCAGGCGGUGGCGUACACGGCCUACGGCGGGCCGGAAGUGAUGCAGCUCGUCUCUGCACCGGUCCCCGUGCCGCGCGCCGGCGAGGUGCUGGUGCGCGUAGCCGCAGGCGGGCUGAACCCGGUGGACAAGCUGCAGCGCGCCGGGAUGUUCAAGGCGUUCAUGCCGUUCUCUUUCCCCGCGAUCGGGGGCAACGAGUUCUCAGGCACUGUCGCGGGCCUUGGGGAGGGAGUGACGCGCUUCAGCGUUGGCGACGCGGUGAUCUGCCGCGUGACCAAGACGGAGAUGCGCGCGCUGGCAGAGUACACAACCAUGCCAGCGGACAUUUGCGCACCGGCGCCCAAGUCGGUCCCGCUCACCACCGCCGCAGGCCUCCCACUUGCCGGGCUCACGGCCGAGCAGUGUCUCGACCACCUGGAUGUCCAGGCCGGCGAGCGGCUCCUCGUCACAGGUGGGGCAGGGGGCGUGGGUCAAUUCGCGAUCCAGCUCGCCAAGCUACGCGGCGCACAUGUUUCUACGACAGCAAGCGAUGCCGGCCGCCCAUUCGUUCUCAAGGCAGGUGCCGACGAAGUUAUCAACUAUCAUACGACCAAGCUUGCGGACCUGCCGCAGAAAUUCGACAAGGUGCUGGACGCGGCGGGCGGCGACGACGCGCUUAUGUAUGAUGUCGUGCCCUCUGUUCGCGAGGGCGGGCGCAUCAUCUCCGUGGCCGGCCCACCUACCCCGGGAUGCCUCGACGGCCUCAUGUCCUGGUGGAUGCGUCCGGCGGUCAACGUGCUUCUGUGGACCAAAUCGCGCGCGCUUGUCAAUGCCGCUGCCGCCGUGGGCGUCGAGUACAAGUAUAUAUUCAUGGUCCCGAACGGCGAGCAGUUGGCGCACCUGGCCGCCCUCGUUGACCAGGGCAAGCUCGCGAUCACGGUCGACUCGCGCUUCAAGAUGGCAGAGUUCAAGCAAGCGUUUGAGCGCCUCGAGAGCGGGCGGUCGAAGGGCAAAGUCAUUGUCGAGUUUGCCGGCGACCAGUAGGGAGCGAGUGUAGCUAUACCAAGAUGUACCGUAUGAACGAUCGUGAGAUGGGA